AUCCAUAUCUUUAUCUCCCUGUAUUACCUAGUCUAGUAUUCGUGAGGAAUGCGCAACUUAUCAUAAACCUCCGCGGCAAAUUAUCCAAUAAAAAUGCUUGGCGAGGUUCCCAUGCUUGGCGCCGUGCGCACCUUCACCUCAACGACGACGACGCCGCCCACGACGCCCACGACACCUCCCUCACCGUCAUCCUCACCACCCCCACCACCGCCAUCAUGUCCAUGUUCCGCUCCAAGAAGCUCGACCUCGGCUGCUUCGUCAACAUCAAGAUCAUCCGCGACCACACCAAGCGCAAGGUCUUCGCCGAGCACGAGACCCAACGACAAGCUCUCCGAUACAUCAUCCGCAACGUGACGCUCCCCGGCCGCAUGCGCGCGCAGGCGCAGCUGGAGCUGUCGCAGAUGCACAGUUAUACGCGCCCGUCGCAGAUCCGAAACCGGUGUAUUGAGGGAGGAAAGGGACGGGGUAUUUUGAGUGACUUUAAGAUGUCGAGGUACAGCUUCCGUUUGCACGCACUUGCGGGCGAUAUUCCGGGGGUGAAGAAGGCCAGUUGGUAGGUUGGGAGGAGGAGAAAGAGGAGAAGGGGAAUAUCUGGUUGGAGGGCGAUCAGUUGCAUAUCAAUAUGUGUAUAUAUGUAUGCAUUUGGGGGUGGCGUUAUAGACGGACAUGUAUGAAUAAAACUUCACAAUCAAGAGUGGAAUUUCCUUGGAGG